CUAUAGCCCGUUCGUACACUUGUGCUCUUUGCUUUGUGCUGAACGAGACCACACCAAGAAAAGCUGAGAGUGAUCCAGUGUUUUAGCUUUAGAACGAACCAACAAGUGAUCAAAUCAUGGAGAGGAAUUCCCAUGGAAAGGGAAAGGAAAAGGGAAGAACCAGCUUGGUAGAUAUUGUGUUCUCUUGGACAUUCAGCGAUGUUCUUGACCAAAAUCUUUAUAAAGACAAGGUGCCAAAGAUUCCUUUGACAUUUUUAUCAGCAACAGAAUACAUGAAAUCCUUUAUUCCUUCACUGAUUGAGGAGACACACGGUGAUCUGUUUUCAAGCUUGAAGGGCAUUUCCCAAGCCCCAAAUUGUGAAAUCCUGACAUAUGAGAGGAUGGGUAAGGGAUUGCUCUAUCAAAUGACAUUUGAUGAGAGUCAUGGUGGACGAUAUGAGCCCGUCUCUGGGGAUCUCAUCGCCCUCACUGAUGGUAGGCCAACAGGCAUUGAAGACUUAAACAAACCUGGAAGAUUUUAUCAUAUUGCUUAUGUUCAAUGGUCAGAAAGUGGUCAGAUCACAAUACUCUCAUCAAAGAGCAUAGAGAUUGAUCCAGGUAUGAGGAACAACAAUGUGCAAAGGCUUUAUGCCGUGUAUCUUAUCAACUUGACAACCAAUAUUCGUAUUUGGAAGGCUUUGCACUCACAGUUGGAAGGUGCAAACUUGAAUAUUAUUGGAAAAGUUCUGCAAUCUGAUAAAUUGAUUGGAAAGAGCAGUCACAUCUGCCCUUCAUUGGAGCACUAUAAUACAGACAUUUAUAUUACAACAAACAUGAUCAGAUCUCAGAAUCUGAAUGAAAGCCAGAAAGAGAUUGUAUUAAGUACUGUCGCAAUCAGGAAAUGUCAUCACAAUCACCCUAUCAAACUUGUAUGGGGCCCUCCGGGGACUGGCAAAACUAAGACAGUUGCAUCCUUGCUGUUUGCACUGCUCAAGCUGAAAACCAGAACAUUAACAUGUGCUCCAACCAAUACUGCUGUGUUGGAAGUGGCGGCCCGCCUGUGUGGUAUAGUUAAAGAUCAACUUCAGUUUGAUGCCUAUGGGCUGGGUGACAUAGUGCUUUUUGGGAAUAAUUCUCGAAUGAAAGUUGAUGAUUACUGGGGUCUCCCUGACAUUUUUCUUGAUUAUCGUGUUGAUAUGCUUGAGCACUGUCUUUCUCCACUGACUGGAUGGAAGCGCAACUUGGAAUCAAUGAUCAGUUUGCUUGAGAACCCUCGUGAGCACUAUCUUCUAUUUAAUCUCAAUGCGGAACAUGAGGAGGAUAAUGAUCUUAUGUCACUAGAAGAAUUUGCUAAGCUUAAUUACAACAAUGUAGAGCAAGCUUAUCUUUCAUACAAGCAUCUUGAAGAUAAAGGCGAUCAUGUGACAUUGGAGCAAUUUGUCAAGAUGAGAUACAGUUACAUUAAUGACCAAUACCUUUCUUUUGUAGAUGAAGUUCAUUUCAUAAAGAGGAGGUUCAGUUUCAUAUGUGUGAACCUCAAGUCCGACUUGCAAACAUUAUACUCACAACUACCAACUUCCCUUGUUCCAUUUGAGGUGGCGCAGAACAUAUGCGCAGCUCUUAAUUUGCUUGAAGACCUUGGAAAUUCAUUACACCAAAACGAGUUCAUAGAGAUUCCGACAAAAAAUGUAGAGGAAAAAAGUAAUGUUAUUCAACCACAAGUUCCAAAUGUGAAAGGAGAGAAAUGGGGUUUAUUUGCCAUCUGCACUGGGAUAAUCCAAAUAUCUCUUAAGCCCAUCAUACGUUGGCUUGAUCCUGUGGAAACACAUAUCCCAACAAAAGAUGUUGCAUUUUGCUUUGGAAAGUUAAGCAUUAAAAGAGAUGAGUGCCUUAGCAUACUUAGAUCACUUUCUCAGUCAAUUUCACUUCCUCAACUUGAAAGACGCUCUCAAAUAAUGGAUAUUUGCUUGAAGAAGGCAUGCCUAAUAUUUUGUACGGCAUCAGGUUCUACCAAAUUGUUCACUGAAGGAAUGACACCUAUACCCUUUAUAGUUAUAGAUGAGGCUGCUCAACUCACAGAAUGUGAAUCAACCAUACCUCUGCAACUGCCAGGUGCAAGACAUGCUGUUCUCAUAGGUGAUGAGAGGCAACUUCCUGCAAUGGUCAUGAGCAAGAUUUCUGAUGAAGCUGGAUUUGGAAGAAGCAUGUUUGAGAGGCUGGUGUUGCUGGGAUUCAUGAAGCAUAUGCUUUAUAUCCAAUUUAGAAUGCAUCCAUCCAUAAGCGUAUUCCCCAAUAGGGAAUUCUACGAAGGGCAACUUGUGGAUGGCAUGAAUGUCAGAGAUUCAAGCUACAGUGCAUGUUUCCUUGAAGGAAAAAUGUACAGCUCCUAUUCUUUUAUAAACAUAGCUCAGGGCCAAGAGCAAUUUGGUCAUGGACACAGCUUGAAGAACAUGGUGGAAGUUGCUGCUAUCUCUGAGAUUAUAAAAGGCCUGCACAAAGAGUUCCUGAGCAAGAGAAGGAAACUCAGCAUAGGUGUGAUGUCUCCAUAUAAAGCUCAAGUCCAUGAAAUCCAAGAGAAAGUUAAGCAGUACAUGGAGUCAGAUCCUAGCUUUUCUGUGAGUGUUCGUUCUGUUGAUGGCUUUCAAGGCGGUGAAGAAGAUAUAAUAAUGAUCUCCACUGUUAGAUCAAAUGGGAGGGGAAAUGUGGGGUUCCUUUCUAAUAGACAAAGAGCAAACGUGGCUCUAACUCGUGCUAGACAUUGUCUUUGGAUAUUGGGGAAUGCAGAAACUCUAGAAAAAAGUGGCUCAAUAUGGAGAAAGGUAGUGAAUGAUGCUAAGCAAAGAGGAUGCUUUCAUAAUGCUAAUGAUGACAAAGUUCUGCUCAGGCCUUUGAAGAUCCCUUUACUUGAACGUGACCUAGCUGACAAAUCAAAACAUUUGAAUCGCUCAGUAUAUGUGCUAUAAGGCUCUCAAACAAAAUGGAUAUGUUAUGAUUGGGAAUACCAGAGGUUCAUCCAGUGGCAGUUCGAAGAAAAGAAUGAAGGUGAAAUGCCUUGUGUUUGUAAUACAGUAAGGUUAUUUGUCUGAGGUUGGGCUUGCUAAGCAUGCCCAAAGCUACAAUAUGAAGCAAAGCAGCAUGCUUUAUUAUGGGAGGAUUACUAUAAGAUCCAAAACAAAGAAUGUGAUUACUAAAAAGUUCUGCAACAAUUGGGCAUGUAACGACUUUGGUAUAGGAGAGGAAGUUCGUACUACUCAAGCUUUUUGAUAAUUA